AAGUUGCAGACAGCAGCCACUGCGGGAAUAGUAUAGAUUCUGUAUGUAGGCAGACACAAUUGACACAUAGCACAGUUGUGUUCGUGAUCGUCAGUAAAAAAGGUCCAUUAGAGCACAUUUUACGUGGUCAGCCAACAUCACGCAUCUUAUGUUGUAAGGAACUUUUUGUUGUCCAACUUUCUCACUAACUGCCACUUUGAUUGUGUAAUUGAGCAGUUUUGCUCUUUAAAGCGAGGUAGUCUGGAAUUUGCUGUUUCAUCGGCGCACACGGUGUUGAUCCUACUUAGUCGGAUAUUUCAGCGUUGGUCGCAUUUUAUAAGUGUUUAUUUCGAGGAAUCACAUCAGCAUCAUGAACCGAAUUGUUAUCGCUUUGACGGUUUUGACGGCCUGCUUCUAUGUAUGUGAAGCUGGAAUGGACUGCGGGAUUGCCGGGACGUGUCCCGGUAUCAACAAAAUUGGCGAAGCCUUUACCGGCGAAGCCAGUGGCAAAGACUAUUGCUGUCGCACUGACGUUGCCUCCAUUCCCUACUGCUGCACGGUCGGCGAUUAUGCCAAAUACAAAUGGGAUCGUUUCACCGGGGGCAGUUCUGCGAUCAGUACCAAUCAAAAGGUCGUUGCCGGUAGCGCAAUCGGAGCGGUUCUUCUUGCCAUGCUCGUGUGAAGUAGGACCGAUUACAUCCUACAUCAUGUAAUGACUUGCGUUUUGUAAUUGUAAUAAACUAAUUACGCUUUUUGUUGUGCACUGGAACGGUGUUAUGUCUUACACUUUUUUGUUUAAUUCGUAUAAUCCGCAACGGAUUGUUUUGUCCUGCAUAAACUGCCGAGUAGUCCGAUACUUCGGUUUGACUAUCUAUAUUUCAUUUCAUGUCGGAUGUUUUCCUCCCCCCAUUAACAUUUCGCCAUUUUCUGCGCUACGUGUUGUAUGCCGCCCAUUUGCUAUCUUACCGGUACAUUGUACACGUAUACGUAGUUAUUAAAAUACUAUACACAA